AUGGAGGAGAAAAAAUGCUUUGCAGCUGCCGUUUCCGGCUCCACCUCGAUCGGGUCUUCGGGAAACAGCGAUGGUAUCAUUCCUGCGAUUCUUCCUGACGGUGACCCUGCAAAGCCUCGUACCGCAAGCGGAACUGCUGCCAAUGCGUCGUUUGGGUCAAGCUCAAAAGACUGCGGUAGCGUUGUUGCGACCAAAACGACCUCAAAGCCAAAAAUCGAGACUUACGAUGAUUUUCUGCAGAUGAUCACCAAGCGCCAAAAUAGCGCAUUGUCCGGGAAGCCAGCUGUAGCCGCUGCCGGUUCCACUUUGAUUGAGUCUUCACGCAAUAACGACGAUUCUGUGGCUGCCGAAAUGAAGGCCCGAAUCACUUCUGAAGUGCCUGCCGUCGAUAAGUCCUCAACACCUCGAAUAUCGAGCGGAACUGCGUCCGCCGCACCUUCCGGAUCCGCAACCACAACCGCCCAGAAGCGACGCAUCGAGACCUACGAUGAUGUUCAGCAAAUGAUAAAGAGGCGCCGGAAUACCGCGGCGUCCGUGAAGCCCGCAGCGGCCGCUUCCGGCGCCACUUCGAUGGGGGCUUCAAGCAAUUACGAUGAUGCUACAGAAAUGAAGUCAACAACGACUUCUCAGACUAGUGCCAUCGAGAAGUGCACAACUUCUCGAACGUCAAGCGGAACUGCCGCCACUUCGCCGUCUGGAUCAACCUCAAAAGUCGGUAGUAUCACUGUCGCGACCAUAGCGACCCCAAAGCGAGGGAUCGAGACGUAUGCUGACGUUAUGGAAAUGAUAAAGAAACGCCAAGGCGGCGCCAUGAAGACGGCAGCAGGCGUUUCCGGUUCCACUGCGAUCGGGUCUUCAAGCAACAAGGGUGUUAGCCAGGCUGCCGAAAUAAAGCCACCAACGAUUCCUGAGGUUCCUGCCGUCGAUAAGCCUGCAACGUCUCACGCAUCCGGUGGAGCUGCGGUCAUCGCAUCGUCCGGAUCCGCACCCACAACUGACUGGCCCGAAGCGACCGAUCAAGACGUUAGCGCCAAGUCCGGGAAAAUUCUUCCGGCCCCGACCAUAGCUACGCCGAAUCGAGAGCUCCCAACUGCUAAAUCGGCAACAGCCCAGGACGCCAAUGAAAGCCCCCCUGAAUUGAACCGCGACACCUCGCAGCACGAACUACGCCCAAAAUCCGUUUCA